AUGGUGGCGGCAGCACCACAUAGCGAAUCAUCGACACCGUCAACGAGCGCAACGACGAUCGCUUCGACGGCUGAUGCUGGGCCUCAGAUGAGCUUAUUGGGUAAGGCAAAAACUGCGGCAAUGUCACGAAUAAGCGGUGUGCGAAAGCUGCGGACCGCGUGUGGUGGGCAGAUUCCCGAGUUUGGCGUGGAAGGCCAACGUGAACUAGCCGUUCAUAUGCAAAGGUUAGACGAAUGGGGACCGAACGUUUUUAAAAUUCAAGAGCUCAGCAAAGGACACUCGCUUACGGCAAUUACUUACACUAUAAUAAAGAAAGCAAAAAUCGAUUAUAUGACUGAAGUGAAAUUGCAGAAUCGAGGUCUACUGAAAACAUUCGAAAUUCCACCAGGAGCGUUGUUAACCUAUUUACUACAUUUGGAGCAUCACUAUCGUGAUAAUCCCUAUCACAAUUUGGUGCACGGAGGUGAUGUGGCCCAAUCAACGAACGUGCUUAUCUCGUGUCCUUCUCUCACUGUGCGUUUCUGA